CCUCUUUCUAAUAUAAUUAAACUUUAAUAUUAUACAAUAAUUAAUAAACUUUAAGAUUUUCUUAAGGAAAAACUGCUCGCGAUUUAAUUAAAGAUUGGAUCUUUCCAAUAAACGGACCGACAAUUCAAACUAUAAUUAAAUUUUCUUAUAGAAGAAAUAUAAUAAAAAAACUCAUACUAAAUAAGAGAAUAGACAAAUAAAAUGAAAUUACCGCUGUUAUUAUGUGCAAAACGAAAUUUCAGAUCGCUAGAAGUUCAAAGUGCUUAAAUUUUUUUUCUUUUUAAUUUGUCUACGAUUUUUCCUUUUUUUCUUUUUUCUGAAUUUAUAGGACUAUUACAUCGAAUAACAAUCCGGACAUAGAUAACUUAAAUGUCGAUUUAUCUUUAAUAAAGAUAUAUAUUAUAUCUUCUUUCAAUGUGUGCAUUUCGUUGCCAAUUUUCAGAAGACAUACUCUUUACGCAAUUUUAUUCGCGCGAAACGGCAGAUUGUUAUCCACGAUUAAUAUCACCAGCAUUCCAAAUAAUAUUACUUCUCGAAUAAUCUGACAAUUAUCACGAGCUCGCGAGAUUUUUCCAGUUCGUUUGAUAAGGCUCUUUUUUCCAAUGUCAUCCACUUCACAUAUAAAUUACGAUGUCGGAAAACAUCGCUACGUAUAAUUAUAAAGAUGCUCGAAUCGCAAUCCCGCGUUAUCCUCCUAGAUCUGCUAUUGAUGAUUGUUCUGAUCUCGGAAGAAAUCACAAAUCAAGGAUCAAAGCACAGGUUUUUUUAUCAAAUUUAUCCUCGCAGUUUUAUGGAUUCUGACAAUGAUGGCGUAGGUGAUCUCCAAGGUAUAACAAGCAAACUUAAUUAUUUGAAGGAACCUGGAAUAGGAGCAAUAUGCUCACCCAUUAAUCAAAGCCCUAUGGUAGAUUUUGGAUAUGAUAUUUUAGAUUUUAAAGACAUUGAAAAACUAUUUAAUACAUUAAUGGAUUUCGAAAAUCUUAUAAAACAGACUAAAAAAAUUGGAUUAAAGGUCAUUCUCGAUUUCGUAUUUAAUCAUACUUCCGAUGAACAUUAUUGGUUCCAAGUGAGUUUAAAUCGUACCGGAAAAUAUGAACAUUAUUAUACAUAUAGGCAAAUGUAUGUACAUAGGCAAGGAAAGAAUAAUAACAGUCAGCCACCAAAUAAUUGGUUAAGAGUUGACGGUUCGGCUUGGAUUUUCAACGCGUAUAAACAAUGGUAUUUCCAUCAAUUUCAUUGGACGGAUUUGAAUUACUCUAAUCCCCAUGUGCAAGAGGAAAUAAGGAUAAAACAUAUAGUAUUUUGUGAAACAUUAUAUUUGUUGAUAGAAUGAAAUACAAAAGUCUCGUUUGUGCAACGAUUAUAUCUCUAACGCGUUGAUUAAUUAAUUACAGACAAGAUGCAAAAUAUGCGAUCCACAUAAUAUAGUACAAUGCUGGGAUUUAGUUGCACAUUUCGGUCGAUUUUCAGCUUGGUUCCUGUCGAUCGGCAUUUAAGCUGCGCACGGAUUGGUAAAAUAAGAGGCAAAAACCAAGCGGAAAAUCGCAUAUUAUGCAUCGCAUAUAAUCGCAUAUAUUCGUAUUUUUAUGUAACAUAGGAAACUAUUAUAUACUGAUUAAAAAAAGGCGUGGACGGAUUUCGCAUAGACGCAAAACCGCAUCUUUUCGAAACAAAUUAUACUUCGGAUGAACCUAAGAGCAAUAUAAAGAG